AUGAGUAAACCAAUAAAUAAAAAAGUAACAUCUAAUAAUCCUGCUGAAAGUGGAAUUGCUAGAGGAUAUAGAAUGGUAAUAAUAGGUAUUCCUUGUUUGGCAACAAGUAUUGGAAGUUUAUUGGCAAUGUUAAAAAUGUAUUUCUAUCCUGAUCUAUUGAGACCAACAUUCCUACCAACAGGAACUUUUGCAGUGUUGGCUCUCAUUGGAUUGGCAGCGGCUGCCGUAGUGUUUUUCAAGACCUUUAGGUUCAACUCUCAAAUUUCAAAGAGUGGAGCAAUCUCUGUAUUAUUACUGCCCGUCGGUCUUGGUUAUUCUCUUUCCACUCUUAUAGGAGCGAAUAGUCUGUUGUAUUCUGGUUUAUUCACAGGAUUGACAUUAUUUGGUGCUUACAGUGGUUUUUUAUAA